AUGUUAUACACUUCUCUUGUUGGCUCAGUUCAUAAUCCCGUUUACCCAGUCUAUCUGCCGCCACCCAAAGAGACCAUUGACUCUUCGAUUCUCCCCUCUUAUAGUGCACCUAUAUGGGAAGCCAGUCCAAUCGAUUCAGUUUAUGUAUGGCCGCCACGCCAGUCUGACCCUUUUUUGACUGGUUUAACUGGCCCCUGCUCUUUCUCUGAAGCUAGUCUCCUUGGGCCCUCUUUUGUUCACCUCUCAUGCUCUGGAGACAUUCAUUCUCCCUAUUCCGACAUAAGUACCGCUUCGGGCUUUGCUGUUGCUCCGCAACAUUCUGAAGCAUUUGAAUCUUACUCUCAAACUCCUGUAGUCAGAUUGGAUUUUCCUCUUGCUCCUCAAUUUCCUGAUAUUUGUGAGCCAUUUCUUAUAAAUAACCUUCCAAUCUCAUCUUCCUCUUCCUAUUCUUCCUCCUCUUCAUCUCCCUGUUCCACCUCUUGUUUUACCUUCUUGCCAACUUCUUUGGGUCUAAACACCACAGCUGUCCGCGAGGAUCGUAUGCGGGGAGGUCGAAGUCGCCGAGGCACCACUGGCAAGGCUUCCCCGGUUGGCACUCCUGGCAUUAGCGGAAUCAAUAACAUCGCCCCCGUUGACCAAGCCACUUCCAGCCUAAUCCACCCUGUGCCCGGCUUCUUAACGACUCUCUCAAAUAUUCCUUCUGGAUCCACGACAUCCACUCUUUUGUUUCCGGAUAGCGGUUGUUUACCAGUGCGAACUAGCCGGCAUACUUCGGGCUGCGAGGUUACUCAAGCGGAACUUUAUCCGGCAGGUGUUACCGAAAUGUCUGAGACUCUUGCCGCCAACCUGUCAGGCCAAGCCACUUUUUUACAUUGCCUUUCCAGAGAGGCAAACGCCUCGGCAAGUUCGAAUUCCACUUCUAUAUCUCCUUCCUCCAUAUCAAAUUCGGCUUCCUCCGCUUCCUCGGUUUCAUCGUGUUCUACGACUUCAGCUUCCAUUCCCUCUAUUCUCCAAAUGUCUAACUCUGUGGUCCGAUCAAGUGAGACAAGGAGUACAAUCAACAACCUCGAUCUUGAUAUUGUUAGUGUAUCUAAUAGGUGA